AAACCAACAAGUCUGUUCUCCGACCAUCGGGUUGGGGAUUCGGGGAGGAGCAUGGAAUAAUCUCUGUUUCGUCGGCACCGUAGGCGAUCUCGAAACGCACCGCACUGCUGGGCGAUGUCGUCCCUCGUCGGUUGCAACGGCGCCAACACCUCCGAUUUUGCGGAGAUUGUCGCGGUGCGACACGGCGAGACCUGCUGGAACGCCUCCCGGAUCAUCCAGGGGCACUUGGAUUCAGAACUAAAUGAGACUGGAAGACGACAAGCAAUUGCGGUGUCCAUUCGACUGUCCAAAGAACAUAGAUGGGACGCCAUUUACUCAUCUGACUUGAAGCGAGCUGCUGAGACUGCACAGAUUAUAGCAAACAGUUGCGAUCUACCAGAGGUAAUACUGGAUCCAACAUUGAGAGAAAGGCAUCUGGGGGAUCUUCAGGGUUUAACAUUACGUGAUGCUGCAAAGCUAAAGCCUCAAGCCUACAAGCUUUUCUUAUCUCCCAAGUGUGACAAGGAGAUCCCAGGUGGUGGAGAAAGCCUGGAUCAAUUCCAUGAGCGAUGUGUUUCAUCACUGGAGAGAAUAGCUAGGAAGCACAAAGGAGAAAGAGUGGUUGUAGUCACUCAUGGUGGUGUCCUAAGAGAACUCCACAAGCGGGCUGUCCCAACAGGAUCAAUCAAAGGGAAGAUACACAACACCUCAGUGAAUGUGUUCCAUAUUUCUGAUAGUGGUGGACAUUGGAUCAUUAAGACAUGGGGAGACAUAAGCCAUCUUCAAGAAACUGGGGUUCUUGAUAGUGCUUUCGGCGGUGAUGGAACUUCUGCGUAGUUUUUGCCUGUCCGGUCCAGUAAUUGGUGCAACCUUAUUGGUUAUCUUGAAGAAAAUGAGAAAUAAUAAUCAUUUAAAAAGCUUUAUAGAUGAGAUUUGGGAUCAAAUAUGUUAUGGCUUUCCUCCUAGAUAAGGUGAUGGAGAAUCUCCCAAGGAACAGACAAGUCGUCUGCUGAUUACAAUGCUCUUGCUCAUCCCAACAGGAGUUACGUGAUCCUUUAUUUUCUUAAUAUGAGAAUACCUAUAUUUAUAUAUGAUUUUGUCUGUCCUAUUCCGGUGA